GUGACGGGCUAGGGGGAUAGAGGAGUUUUUAGGGUAUGGGGGGCAUAGGGAGGGAGGGAGCAGGGGUGUAUGCAGUCAUUCUGUAGAGACAACAACCUCAAACUAUUUUGGCAUUCGAGUCAGUGACACGGAAGGGCCCCCCCCCCUCCCUGCACACACACACCCUGCCUCCCCGCUGAACUUUUUUCCCUCUGACUCUGCUCUACUUGUCUGCUGUGGUGCCUUGAAUACAAAUGGAUCUGAGCCGCCCUGUGCAAUGGAAAGAGAAAAGACAUUGAGAGAGACGCAUAAGAGAGCCCGCAUUGCCUUAGGAUCUCUCGUUUAAAAAGAGGUUAGCAAGGUGUGGGCCUGCCGGACCUGUGUGUGUCUGCGAGUGUAAACUCAGCUCCCAUCUCAAGGUCUUGAAACAAACCAUCCGCAGUUUAAAAAAAAAAAAGAUGCGUAAGAACCAUGAACCUUGUCAUUUGAUCUCUGUUAGGAGCAUCUGUCGCAUUAGUUUUUUCCUAGAGCUCACACAGCUCCUGUCUGGAUGUGUAGUGCUUCUCCCAUUGACAGAAAGCAGAGCCCCGUUAGCUCAGCCACUGUUUACAGCUGGGGAAUUGUCAGAGUAGUCUUUUGGCUGUUGGGAAGGCUUGGUCCUUGUCCUGCCCUGCCUUUUGAGGCUCGUAUGGGGAUAUGUUUGCCUUUUGGGUUUCUACCCAGGGCCCAUAUUUAGUCUAUAACUGGCUUAAUUUAGCUCCACCUCCCUCCCAUUUUCCCCUCGAUCCAUUGGCCUGAGGUGGCAGAUUCAGUUUGCAGCUAUUGUGAAAUGUCACUUCUCAAGGUUGCAGUAUUUCUAUCUGAUGUAAAUGAUGAAAGCCACAGAGCUGAUUUUAUUUACUAAGUCCAUCCCCUCACACUGAAGUCCAGGCAGUGUCUCAUGAUGAAAGACAUUCAAAGCUUUAGUUGGUAUUAAAAAUGUGUUAUUUUGUCCCUGAUUUUCCGACCAGCAUCACCUGCAACAGCUCAAUGUGUUCCAGGCGUCCCUGUCCAUUUCGGGCAUGCCCCACAGACCUCUGGGGAGGGCCCAGUCCUCCCCUGCCACUGCCAGCAUCAAGGGGGCUCCCAUGGGUGAGGUCCCCAUCAAGCACCUCUUCACUACAGGGUUGGUGUACGACACCUUUAUGCUGAAGCACCAGUGUAUGUGUGGGAACACCCACAUCCACCCAGAGCACGCCGGCCGCAUCCAGAGUGUGUGGUCCCGGUUGCAGGAGACUGGGCUUCUGGGCCGCUGUGAGAGGAUUCGGGGGAGGAAGGCCACGUUGGAUGAGAUCCAGACUGUGCAUUCAGAAUACCACACCCUGCUGUAUGGCACCAGUCCCCUCAACAGACAGAAACUAGACAGCAAGAAGCUCUUAGGUCCAAUCAGUCAGAAGAUGUAUGCUGUGUUGCCCUGUGGAGGCAUUGGGGUGGACAGUGACACUGUGUGGAACGAGAUGCACUCCUCAGGCGCUGUCAGAAUGGCUGUUGGCUGCGUCAUCGAGCUGGCUUUCAAAGUGGCCGCCGGGGAACUGAAGAACGGUUUUGCCGUGGUGCGUCCACCAGGCCAUCACGCUGAGGAAUCCACUGCCAUGGGCUUCUGCUUCUUCAACUCAGUGGCCAUCACAGCCAAGCUGCUACAGCAGAAACUAGGAGUGAGCAAGAUCCUCAUCGUGGACUGGGACAUUCACCAUGGUAACGGGACACAGCAGGCUUUUUACAACGACCCCAAUGUACUUUACAUUUCCAUGCAUCGCUACGACGAUGGAAACUUCUUCCCCGGCAGUGGGGCUCCUGAAGAGGUGGGGGUUGGACCUGGUGUUGGCUUCAACACAAACAUCGCUUGGACAGGGGGCGUAGAACCGCCCAUGGGUGACGUGGAGUACCUGACUGCCUUCAGGACGGUGGUGAUGCCCAUAGCCAACGAGUUCUCCCCUGACGUGGUCCUAGUGUCCGCUGGGUUUGAUGCCGUGGAGGGCCACCAGUCCCCUCUGGGAGGAUACAACGUCACUGCUAAAUGUUUCAGCCACCUCACCAAGCAGCUGAUGAAGCUGGCAGGGGGACGUGUGGUCCUGGCGCUAGAAGGAGGUCACGACCUCACGGCCAUCUGUGAUGCCUCAGAGUCCUGCGUGGCGGCCCUGCUCGGCGAUGAGUUGGACCCCCUGCCACAGGCUGUCCUGCAACAGAAGCCCUGUCCAAAAGCUGCUGCCUCUCUGGAGAGGGUCAUCGAGAUACAGAGUAAACACUGGAGCUCUCUCCAAAGGUUGGCUCCCACGGUGGGCCAGUCCUUAAUGGAUGCCCAGCGGAGAGAGAAGGACGAGGCCGACACGGUCACCGCCAUGGCAUCGCUUACCGUGGAUACGGAGCAGGCCGCCGCUUCCACCGUCUCCACGGAGACCAGCAGGUCUACAGAAGAGCCAAUGGAAGAGGAGCCUGUCUUGUAGGAGGAAAUGGGGAGUUGUCACGACAGCGCAACACCUUUGUCUCCACGUCCUUCGGCACUAGCCUUCUCCUGUCAUCCUCUCCUCUUUCCAGCUCUCGCCUCACCUCUUUCCAUUUCCUGAGGAAUGAUGGACUUGUGCUAGCCUCCCUUUCCAACUCACUGAGGUGAGUUUGUUAAAGUGUGUGUGUGGGAGAGGAGAGGCGGGAACACACAGACCUAAAGAGGGCAGCGGCGGAUAUCUGUGAUUGGUGGAAAAGCAGGAAGAGGCAGGACCUUUUGAGGAGCCUGUGUGUCUUGCUUUUUUCUUUGAAUCUUUUUUUGUAAGCAGAAGGCAGUGGAUCCAGGAGGGUACCUCGGCUAUGAGGCCCGAGAAGCUUUGUACAUUUCUUGUCAUACUUUAUACUUUUCAGGAACAUUAGAACUGAAAAAGCCAACAAGCAGCAAAAAUAUUUCAACAGUCACAAAUACACUCAAACACACCCGCAUUAUAUUAUAUACACUAAGUUCCCAACAGCGGAACAACAAUGGGGUUGUAUCAAUGAAUAAUGCUCUUCCUUUCAGAGCAUGCGUACCUCUGUUCCUAUUUUGUCUGUCGUUUGGUAUUCUCGUGCGUCUAUUCAAUAAUCUGUUCAAAGAAGCACACAAACAUAUGAUAUGUAUAUUUGUGUGUGUGUGUGUGUGUAUAUAUACAUAUAAUAUAUAUUACACACUGUAUAUUCCUUUCACUGUAUCCGAUAUCAGCUGUGGUUGUGGAGGUCGAGCUGUGGAUCCUGCCAAGGGAGACUUACUGGCUGAAGGAGACAACAUAUCUCUCCAAUACAGCCUUUUCUUUUCUUUUUCAGGAAGCCUCAGCUCCCUCCACUUUGUAUGGGACAGAAUGCAUUUUGAGGUGGUUUUUACCAUUCUACUUUGUUUGGACUAUCAAAAAAGGACACAUGCAUACCCAGAAUCAAAUUUACCGCUUGGUGCAAUGGAAGGCUAUGGAUUGGACAAGGAAGGAUUUUGUGGAAUAAUGCUUAGAUUAUAAACUUUUUGUCUCACGCUUGCUGCUGCGACUGGGAGACUUGUGGUGGUCAUGAGACUGGAGAAAGACGUUUUUAGAAGAACUUGGUGCCUUUAUAUUAAAUAUCCCUGUUAACACCAACUACACCCACUUAGCAGAACACAGGACAGAAAGACAAAUCCACACACUUGUUACACUCAUGUCUGUUUUGUAUAUUUGUUUGCUUGUUUGUUUCUUUCAAAAUGCCUUAAUUUCCUCCAGAGAAUGCACCAUUUUAGCUAUCUCCGCAGAGAUGGGAGUAGAAUCCUAUGUCCUCUCUCUUUCUGGGUUUGUGUAAUACUCUAGGUCAAAGGUCAGUGUGGCCUUAACAACUGAGGUUUUUUUUGCGUCCUUUAUCAAUCCCGACCCGUACAUAUGCGGCUGACGGUAUGAUUGUGAGGAAAUUUGAAUGCUACAACGACCAACUUUCUUUGCUAUGUCACUUCCUGUCACUUGUAAAUACUGCAUCCUGUUCUGCUCUAGCAAACCCCUCAACUUGAGACGGUUCAAUAACGAACUCAUUGUUUUUCCAAUUAAUUUAGAGGGGAAGGACUGAACUUGGUCACUUUUUUUUUGUAAACAAAUGUUUUAUUUUGUAAAAAAUCUAAUCUAAGAUGUAUACGAAUAAUGACAAUAAGUGUUAAUCAAAUUGGAUAUGAAUAUUACAUUUGAGAAGGGUAAAAAAACAAAAAAACAUUCAAUGUUAAAGCCACCUAAGCACACAUCGUGUUAGAUUUGCUAUCAAUGUUUUAUCCUUUUUUCUAAGUGCCAUUUGUUUUUUCCACACAAAAAAAAGACAACAGAAAUUGUGAUUUGGUGACAUGUGGAUUGAUCUCAUUUGGCAAAUAACCAUGAGCAAGCACCACUUUAGAUGUUUACUCUGCAAUACCCCAAUCCCUCAACUGUUGCCCACUUGUCAGCUGUCAUAAACCCUUUGUUUGACUUAGUGUCCAGGUGCUGUGUUAUCUGGUCUCCGUUGUUGUCAACAAUAUUUAUAUUUCUCAAUCAAAUGAAAAGUGUUUGUACUUGACACACAUGAUCAAACAAAUUAAAUACUAAGAUGUCUUUGUCCCACUGAAAAAUAUAUUUUCCAAUCUAUCAUCAUGCUUGAGGAAUUCAUACAAAUCAAGUAUAUCUACUAGAGAAUGGUAACCGACACCUCCCUUAAAGACAUGCUCCGGAACUUUGGCGACUACUAAGU